AUGCAGAGAGAGAGACCAGACUCUCACUCUGACAGCAGUAAGAGUCCUUCAGAGGAACCAGACCCAGAGACUCCCAAACCAGUGAGACAACUCAACUGCUCCCAGUGUAAUAAGAGUUUCAAGUUGUCAUGGAACCUAAAAGAGCAUGAGAGGGCACACACAGGAGAAAAGCCUUUCCACUGCUCCCAGUGUGGAAAGAGAUUUCCACGAUCACAGAACCUAAAAAUACAUGAGAGGACACACACAGGGGAGAAGCCUUUUCUCUGCUCCCAGUGUGGAAAGUGUUUUACCCAGUUAUGGAGCCUGAACAAACAUAACAGAAUACACACAGGAGAAAAGCCUUACCACUGUUCCCAUUGUGGAAAGAAUUUUAGGUUGUUAGAUAAGCUGAAGGAGCAUGAGAGGACACACACAGGGGAGAAACCUUACCAUUGCUCCCUGUGUGAAAAGAGUUUUACCCAAUUAGCUUACCGAAAAGAGCAUGAAAGGAAACACACUGAAGAAAAGACUUACCAAUGUUCCCAGUGUGGAAAGAGAUUUUCACAAUCACAGGAACUAAAUUCACACGAGAGGACACACACGGGGGAGAAACUUCACCACUGCACCCAUUGUGAAAAGUGUUUUACUCAGUUAGGGAGCCUGAACAAACAUAAUAGAAUACACACAGGAGAAAAGCCUUACCCCUGUGCCCAUUGUGGAAAGAGAUUUUCUAGAUCACAGGACCAAAAAUCACAUGAGAGGACACACACAGGGGAGAAACCUUACCAUUGCUCCCUAUGCGGAAAGGAUUUUACCCAUUUAGGGAGCCUGAACAAACAUAAGAAGAGAAUACACUCUGGAGUGAAGCCUUACUCAUGUUCCCAUUGCCUAAUGAAUUUCAGGUUGUUAAAUAACCUUAAGGAGCAUGAGAGGACACACACAUCUUACUGUGGUCCCAGUGGAAAAGAUUUUACCAAUUUAGGGAAACUAUAAGAUCAUGAGAGGACACACGGGAGAAAUCACGCAGUUGUUCCCAGUGUGGAAAGAGUUUUACCCAGUUAGGGAGCCUGAAAAGGAACACGCAUACAGGGGAGGAUAAGCUCACAGUUUGGAAAGAGUUUUAGUUAGGGAACCUAAUUGUGGAAAGACAUUUUCCAGGACAGAGGACCUGAAAUCACAUGCCAGAAUAGACAGGCUGUGUUCUGAUGAGUCGCUGUGUUCUGACUUAUGUUUGACUGUUGUUUUAUGCCGCAUUAAAUCUUCUUGUUUAUAUGAAAUCUUUAUCAAGAAUAGGCAUGUUUAAAAAAAAAAAAUCCUCUGGAGACAUGAUUAUGUCAAAAAUCAGAUUAUAAUUUUAAAAUGUAUUUUGUUUUGAUUCUACACUUUGAUAUUUUGUAUACAUGUUAGAACCCCUAGAUGUUAAUGACAUGAUUUGGAUAUUUUAAAAUGUAAAUUGUUAAUUGGAUGAAUAUUGUGUGUAUUUCUUGAUUCUAACCUUGAAUCCUCAGGAAAUGUAAUUUAGGUUUUCAUUUAGUUAAUUUGUGUUCUAGUCUUCAAGCUAAAGAUGUAUGAAAAUGGGAUGAUUUUCUGAUAACAUUGAUAGGUUGUUGACAUAAACUGUCACUACCUCUUGAAUGUUCCCAUCUGUAUUAUUCCACCAUGUUAGAGAGAACACAGGUGCUGAUUGUAAAAAAAAAACAUUUGA